AUGGGCUGGGCGACGCAGACCAGCCGGGUCCUCUCGCUGGUCGCGGCCGUCGUCGUGCUCUUCAUCGAGCUCCAGGGUUCGGCGGCCGUGCGCGCGACCCUCGUCGGCGCGCGUGGUCCGCUCCGGGCCUCGUCCGAAUACACGAGCCGCCUCAUGCCACUGGUGGUGGCGGCGCUGUUGGCCAACACGUCACUGGCCGUGCAUGGCCCGGCCCCGCGCCUCCUCUAUAUCGACGCCGACGACAGCCAAGAAGGGUAUGGCCUCAGUGCGUCACAGUGUACGAGCCCGCUGCCCGGCGACCGCAUCUACAAGGCGCCGUACCUAGCCCACCUGCUACCGCAAAUCCUCACCGCCGUGCCGGAAGCGCCGCCGCCAGCGACGAUCCUCAUCGACUGCACGUACACGGCGCGGAUGGUGCAGGACACGACGGCGCUCAAGGUCCACUGGGUCGAUGCGAACGCCACGUCGCUCUCGACGCUCUUCCUCCAGACAAUGGCCAUCGAACGGCCGACAAAGCGUCUCAGCACGGCCUGCGGCGUCGCGACCUGGUCGUCGCUGCCCCUCGUACCGUCGUCAUUAUCGCCGCCCAGCGCCACGUACGUGCACGGCGUCGGGCUCGACUUUCCGUACGUCAUCUCGGCGUUCACGCGACUCACGCUCGCGCCGACUUUGACGCCGGAUGGCAUGUGGCAGGGCACGCUGGCCGGGUCGGGCGAGACGGUCUAUGUCGCGGGCACCGAGGGCAUCUACCGCGUCGCGCAUGGCACGCAGGCCAACUACGACCACUACAUUUGGGCGUUGCCGGACGAUCCAUUCGAGUUCUUAGCGGUCGUGGCGUACUUGACGACCGACAUGUCGAAAGAUGCGUUCGCGUGGGUCCGUGCGCUCCUCUCGAUGGGCGUGGGGCUCACGCUCCUCGUGCACUUUGCUGUCGCCCUCCUCGUCGCGCUGCAUCUGUACAUGGAGCAGCAUGUCGUCUGGGUGCCCGACGUCUUUCCCAGCGUCCAGGCGCGCCUCCAGCUGCGCGCGCUGCUCUGCCUCGUCGUGCUCGUGAGCACGAAUGGCUGGCACCUCUACGAGUUCGCGCUCUGCACGGCCAACGCCCGCUGCGGCUGGACCAACAGCUUUGUGUUGACCGACAUCGUCCGCGCCGAUGGGCUCAUGGUGUACCUCGGGCUCAUGAUCACGUUGGCCAAGACCGUGCGCAUCCGCUUGCGCCUCGAGGUCGCCGUGAGCGUCUACCUCAUUUGCUACGAGCUCAGCGAUGCCAUUGUGCGGUCGCCGCUGGGCCUGGACGUGGAAGCCGCCGACGCGUUUGUCGCCGCCAACUACCUCGCCAAUAUCCUCGAGGCCAACGUGGACGGCAUGGACCUCUGGACGAUCCACGAGAACGUUGACACCAACGUUGCUGUGGUCGCGGCGCAGAUGACGUGGUGGGUCGUCGCGAUUUGCAUUUGUUUUGUGUAUGCUCUUGCUGCCAAGGGUUGGAACAUGCUCGAUAUGGACGCGCGACGCUGCAAGACGUGGCGCUACAUGCACCGCCUUCGUCUCCGCUCGGACGAUGGGGACGGCGUCCGGUCAUUUGCGUCACAGAGCACGUCACGCCGCCUGCGGUCGUCGUCCUGGACGAAGAGCAAGGUUGGGCCAUUGGCCCAAGCGUCGGCGCGGACAUUUUCAUUUCAAGAUGUCUCGUCGCUCGCGAUCGAAGCCGUGCUGCACACACAGCUCUGCAAAGCGUACGGCCUUGUCGCCCCGCUCGAAGAGUACGUGGCAGUGAGCGGCUGGACGUACGUCUCGGCUUCGAGCGUCUGGCUGCUCGGCUACGUCCUUGUCGACGACGCGUACCUCGUGCACGUCAACGAGUACCCGCUCCUCGUGCUGAACGCAGUGUUGCGCCGCCCGCUCUUUCGCGUCUACGGCUUCCACGUCAUCGACCAAACAAUUCGCGCUGAGAAGACGCGCUUGCUGCCGACUGUGAUCCCGAUCCGGCGGCUGCUCCAUACCACCUUGCGCGACUUGCGUUAA